AAGCCGUGGCGAGAUUACCAAAACCACCCUACAUUCACGAAUAUGCUCUCCUGGUCCGAUCCACACUCUUUCAGCUCUCGACACUAGACCCAGUGACCAACAAAAACAGCAAACAGAGAGAGAGAGAGAGAGAGAGAGGAGGCUCUUGUAGUUCUUACUUCUCAGCCACCAUUUAAGACCGUUUACACAUGCGUGCUGAAUAAGCCAUUUCACAUUCACUCCUCACACACAAAGUCACCACUCACCGCCACCCUCACAAACCCUAGAUCUUGUACCUUCACGCGUACACAAAAUACUCCCCGCAUCUUCACGCUACUCUCUCUAACUGCACGCACGCAUAAACUCUCCCGAAUUCCGCAAACCCCAUUUUCUCUCGUACCCUUUUGCUUCGAUUGCCCAAUUCAACGAACCCCAUUUUCAGAUCUGGGCUUUUUUUUCUCUCCCCCACAAAAGCCCCACAUCCAGUCCCACAAUCCUCCAUUGAUGCAAUUUGGGAUUUUUCGAUAUUUGGGUUCCUUUGCUUCCACUUCCGCAAUCUUAUCCGAUCCGUUAGAUAGGAAAUCGAAAACCCAGUUCGGGUCUUGCACUGUUUCGGAAUUUUCUUAAGACUGAAUCUUGCUGCUACUUGUUUCGAAAUUUUGUUAAAUUUGAUCAAUUCAAUAGGGUCUAUGUCUUGUAAAUUUUUCUAGAUUUUAUGGAAUUUGCUUAAACUGAUUUGGAUUCCAGAUUAUCCCGUGCUUUAUAUGCUUAGAUCCGAGUACUACUGAGCAUGCUUUAUAUGUGGUAGUAGUGAACUUUAGGUAGUGGGUUCUCAUGGCAAUGCCAUCGGGAAAUGUGGUUUUAUCGGACAAAAUGCAGUAUCCAAGCGGUGGCGGCGGGGGUGCCGGUGGUGGUGGAGGCGGGGGUGAGAUCCACCAGCACUACCAGCGACAAUGGUUCCCGGAUGAGCGGGACGGGUUUAUCUCCUGGCUGCGUGGUGAAUUUGCCGCUGCCAAUGCUAUAAUCGACUCUCUGUGUCACCAUUUGCGCUCGGUGGGUGAGCCGGGCGAGUAUGAUAUGGUUAUAGGGUGUAUUCAGCAGAGGCGGUGUAAUUGGAACCCGGUGCUACAUAUGCAGCAGUACUUUUCAGUGGCUGAAGUGGUAUUUGCGCUGCAGCAGGUGGCGUGGAGGAGGCAGCAGCAGCGAUAUUAUGAGCCUGCGAAGACGGGAGGCAAGGAGUUUAAGAGAUCUGGUUCAGGGUUUAGGCAAGGGCAGAGGGUUGAGGAGGUGAAGGAAGGACAUAAUUCUAGUGUAGAGUCUAAUAGUCAUGAUGGAAAUUCAUCGAUUGGUGUUGUGGGUUCGGAGAAAGUGGAGAGAGGGAGGGAGAAAGGUGAGGAAGUUAAGUUGGGGGGUGAGGAGGUGGGGAAGUUGGAUGAUAAGUGUUCCGGAGAGGAGAAGAAAGAUACAGGCACAAAGUCUCUUGCAAAUAGCAAUUCAAAGAGUUCAGGGAAUUCUGACCCAAUGGUUUAUGGCAACUCACAAUCUGAAGCCAAGGUGGUAGAAGAAGGAUUCACUUCAAAUUCCAAAGAUUAUCCCGUGCUUUAUAUGCUUAGAUCCGAGUACUACUGA